AUAGUUGCUAAACCAACCAUCAAACAACAUUCUCCAUUACUUUUUUGAAUAUACAAACGUGUUUACCAUUAUAAAAAGAAAGGAGACUUGAUUUAUAACCUCACAAGUAUAUUGAUCACACAUAAACAGGAACACAGAACUUCCAAGAAUUAUCUUAGUAAUCAAUCCACUUUAAAUAAUAUUUUGGAGAUGGAUUAUCAAUAUAUUCUUGGAGGAGAGAUUCUUGCUUGUAGCUUGGCAUUUGUGUUUGCUCUAUACAUUGUUGUUGAAAAGAAGAAAGCCAAAGAAAUAGAUUCAAGCUCAACAUAUCUGAAAACUAAUGGUCCAAAAAAUGGAACAUGCAGCAGCUUAUUUCAACAGGCUGCUGGAGGUACUGAUAUCAUCAUUGUAGGUGCUGGUGUUGCUGGUUCUGCUCUUGCUUACACACUUGGAAAGGAUGGACGACGAGUGCAUGUCAUUGAAAGAGAUCUGAAUGAGCCUGAUAGGAUUGUAGGAGAAUUGCUACAACCUGGGGGGUAUCUAAAGUUGCUUGAGUUGGGUCUUGAGGAUUGUGUAGAUGAAAUUGAUGCUCAGAGAGUGUUUGGUUAUGCACUUUAUAAGGAUGGAAAAAAUAUCAAGCUCUCUUAUCCCUUAGAAAAUUUUAAUGCUGAUGUUUCUGGAAGAAGUUUUCACAAUGGUCGUUUCAUACAGAAAAUGCGAGAGAAGGCUUCACUUCUUCCAAAUGUAAAAUUAGAACAAGGAACUGUCACAUCUUUAGUUGAAAUAAAUGGAAGCAUCAUAGGGGUGAAUUACAAAAACAAGAGUGGACAAGAGUUCAAUGAAAAGGCUCCUCUCACUAUUGUAUGUGAUGGAUGUUUUUCAAACUUGAGGAGUUCUCUUUGCAAACCUAAGGUUGAAGUACCUUCGUAUUUUGUUGGUUUAGUCUUGGAAAAUUGCAAUCUUCCAUAUGCAAACCAUGGACAUGUUAUCUUGGGUGAUCCAUCACCUCUUUUGUUUUACCCCAUAAGUAGUACUGAGAUUCGUUGUUUUGUUGAUGUACCUGCUGGUAAAAGAUUACCUUCACUUGUCAAUGGUGAAAUGACCCAUUAUUUGAAAACUAUGGUAGCUCCCCAGAUUCCUCCAGAGUUGUAUAAUUCUUUUAUCGCAGCUGUUGACAAAAGAAACAUAAGAGUCAUGCCCAAUAGAAGUAUGCCUGCCACACCAUAUGUCACUCCUGGGGCUUUAAUGAUGGGAGAUGCCUUCAAUAUGCGUCAUCCUUUAACAGGAGGAGGAAUGACUGUGGCUUUGUCUGACAUUGUUUUGCUAAGAAAUUUACUUAAACCUCUACAUAACCUAAGUGAUGUUUCUACUCUUUGCAAAUACCUUGAGCCAUUCUACACCCUACGCAAGCCAUUGUCAUCAACAGUAAACACAUUAGCUGGUUUAUUGCAUACAGUAAUUUGUGUAUCUCCAGAUCCAGCUAGAAAGGAAAUGCGUGAAGCAUGUUUCGAUUAUUUAAGCCUUGGAGGUGAUUUCUCAGAUGGACCAAUAGCUCUACUCGCAGGGCUAAAUUCUCGUCCAUUGAGUUUGCUUUACCAUUUCAUUGGUGUUGCUACAUAUGGUCUAGUUCGUCUAAUGAUGCCAUUUCCUUCUCCAAAAAGAAUUUGGCUUGGAGCUCGAUUCAUUUUUGUUGCAUUGGGUAUCAUUUUCCCCAUUAUCAAGGCUGAAGGAAUAAGGCAAAUGUUUUUCCCAGCAACUGUGCCAAUGUGUUACAGAAUGCCUCAUAUCCAUUAGCAUAUUCAAGAACAAGCAUGGGGAAUAUUUAAAACAUUUCCCACUUUUUAUCCACUAAUAAAUGCAAAUGCAAUCGCAAAUUUAACUAUUGUAUACCGCAACAGAUUUUCUUUUAGUUCGGAAAUUGUUUGUGUAUGCUUUUAGUAUAAUUUGAUUGAUUUGAUUUCAGUUUCUUAUUGGGUUGAUGUCUUGAUGUGGGACUUGAACCACGAGUGGUAGCCUUACACGGUUGGACACUUUGAACAUCAU